ACAAAAAAACGAAGUAAAAGCGACAUCACUCUGUUUGUAUCUUGAAUCCGACAACGACCCAUACAGAUCUUUGUUAUAUCGUUUUAGACAUUUGGUGUAUUUUCUCAUAUACCCAUUUCUUGAAGAAUUCCCAAAACACCGAUAGAUUUCCAAUCACUUUUCCUGUUUACAGGCUUUCGUCAACAGCCAUGGCUGCUGUUGCUGCUCUGAGAUCGAAGUCAUCCAAAGCCACAUCUUCUUUAUCAUCAGUCUCACAAUUCAGAUACUUUAUUUCAACUCACCGUAUGCACGGUGGUCGUAUACCCAAUUCCCAAGUCACUUCUUCAAUACCUACAACAAAUAAAUUAGACGAAUAUUUCCCUCAUCAUCACCACCAACAUCAAUCUUUCAAACCUUUUUCCCUCUCCGGUGAACUUGUCGAUAAGGGUUACGGUUUUUUCAAGAGUAAUAAUAAAAGGAGACUAGUCAAUUUGUCCGGUGGUAAAGGUAGUGGUGGUUUCGGUGAUCCGCCAGAGGUUUGGCAGCCUCCCGGAGAUGGGAUUGUUCCUCAGCCAGGUUUUAAGAUGGUUCCGGUAUCCAGCGGCGAUGACAGUGAAGCAAGCACCGGUGGGUUCGGUUCGGGUUCUGGAGAUGGGAAUUGGGGAGGAUCUUCGUUGGGGCAUAGCUUCCCAACACCUAAAGAGAUCUGUAAAGGGCUUGAUAAGUUUGUGAUUGGUCAAGAACGAGCUAAAAAGGUACUUGCGGUGGCUGUUUACAAUCAUUACAAGAGAAUCUCUAUUGACAGUUCGCGUAAGCCUGCUGCAGGACAUUCAAGAAAUGACAAGACGAAUGCCAUGGAUGAUGAUGAUGCAGUUGAGCUUGAGAAAAGUAAUAUCCUUCUAAUGGGGCCAACCGGUUCAGGGAAGACACUUCUUGCAAAAACAUUGGCACGAUUAGUGAAUGUUCCUUUUGUUAUAGCAGAUGCGACUACACUCACCCAGGCAUGUUAUGUUGGAGAAGAUGUGGAAUCCAUUUUAUACAAACUCCUGACUGUUGCUGAUUAUAAUGUUGCAGCAGCUCAACAGGGCAUUGUGUAUAUAGAUGAAGUUGACAAGAUUACAAAGAAGGCUGAAAGUGUUAACAUUAGCAGAGAUGUUUCUGGUGAGGGUGUCCAGCAGGCAUUGUUAAAGAUGCUAGAAGGGACUAUAGUCAAUGUCCCUGAAAAGGGUGCACGGAAACAUCCUAGAGGAGACAACAUUCAGAUUGAUACCAAAGACAUCCUGUUUAUUUGUGGGGGUGCCUUUAUAGAUCUUGAAAAAACCAUUUCAGAAAGACGCCAAGAUUCUUCUAUUGGUUUUGGUGCACCUGUUCGUGCUAACAUGAGAACUGGAGGUGUUACAUCUGCUUCAGUGACUUCAACUUUAUUGGAGACUGUUGAAAGUAGUGAUCUUAUUGCAUAUGGCCUCAUACCUGAAUUUGUUGGAAGGUUUCCAAUUCUUGUCAAUUUGUUAGCUCUUACAGAGCCUCAACUUGUUCAGGUGCUAACUGAGCCAAAGAAUGCAUUAGGGAAACAGUACAAGAAGUUAUUUCAGAUGAAUCAAGUUAACCUACAUUAUACAGAAAGUGCUUUGAGAUUAAUUGCAAGGAAAGCAAUAACUAAGAACACUGGGGCCCGUGGUUUGAGGGCCUUAUUGGAAAACAUAUUGAUGGAUGCCAUGUAUGAGAUUCCUGAUGAAAGAACAGGUAAAGAUGUAAUAGAUGGUGUGGUUGUUGAUGAGGAGGCAGUUGGGAGUGGUGCUAAAAUCCUCCAUGGUCAAGGUGCUCUUGCCCAUUAUCUAUCACAGCAUUUACAGACAAGCGCAGAUACGGCGGCAGAUGGUGGAGCCGAGGCAGAGAUGGAGGCGGAGGGGGAGGCAGAGUUGCCUUCUAUUGCUGCCAUGUAAAUCAUGGGAAAGAUUGUAUCAGUCACCAUGUGUAUGUAUAUAGAUGAUAUGUACUAAUUUAAGCUCUAAUGAGAGACAUUAAUUUAAUAAUUAAAUUUAUGUUGGAUGCUUUCAUCAUUAUUACAAUCAAAUGUCAAUAUGUUGUAUCA